UAAAAUUUGAGUUGGCAACUCUCUGGAAAAAUAUGGAAGGAUCGUUUGGCUUUUAGUACGUCAGUCUCGCGUUGUUAAAUUAUAAAAUUGAGUUAAAAUGGGAGGAGGCGACUUGAAUUUAAAGAAAUCCUGGCAUCCGUCUACAUUAAGAAAUAUUGAAAGAGUGUGGAAAGCAGAACAGAAACAUGAAGCCGAACAAAAGAAAAUUGAACAACUGCAGAGGGAACUGGCAGAAGAGAGGGCAAAAGAAGAAAUGCAGCAUUAUGCGGAAGAGAAAGGAGCGGUCCAAAAACGAGAAGAAAAGUUAGACUGGAUGUACCAAGGUCCAGCAGCUUUAGUUGAUAGAGAACAGUAUCUCACUGGACGUCAGAUUGACAAAACUUUUGAAAUUCUUCAACAUCAAGAACAAGAUGACAUUCCUUCUGACAAUGAAUCAUGCAUUGGUUCGAUCUUCGCCCGUACUUCCUCAAACGCACCCGUAGACAUAGCCAACAAGAUUCGAGAAGAUCCUCUCUUUCUUAUCAGGAAACAAGAGGAAGAAAAACAAAAGAAAUUACUGAAUAAUCCAGUGAAGUUAAAACAAUUACAAGAAAUGUUAAGAAAUUCAUUAUCUGAAGAUAAAUUAAAAAAGAAACACAAGAAAAAAAUUGAUAAGAAACUCAAAAAGAAAAAAUCUCACAAAAAGUCUCACAAGCACUCGAAAGACGAAAAAACAUCAUCGAAAAGGAAGGACGUAAGACGAUACGGAUCUUCUGAGAGCGACUCUGGAUCUGACUCUGACGUGAAACCCCAGUACAAAUACAGACGUACAGAAAAAUAUAAUCGUAGGGAACCAUCGAGGAGUAGAGACAAUUAUUACAAGAGAGAAAGUGAUGAACCUUCCAAAAAGAAGCGGAUAACCGAAGAAGAAAUGGAACGAAAGAGAAGAGAGAUGAUGGAAGACGCACAGUGGCGACAGCAGCAAUUGAAAAAGAACAUCCACCAUUACAAGGAGGAAGAUCUCAAAGAAGACCUGGAAGUGGAAAAAAUAAAAGAUAAAGAUUUCAUCAGACCCAUGCUAUCCAAAGCCGCCGACACCGGGACCGUAGAGGCCAGAAUCAAGCGGAACAUCUACAACAUCCAACGUAGCAAAAGCUGUAUGGAUAGUAAUUUUGCUCGAAGAUAAAUAAACGUAUUUAUUUUUUACGUG